UGAUAUAUAGCCAAUGAAGGAGGAGAAAGGAAACGAAAUGGCAGAUAAGAAAAUGAACAGUAAAGAGGUUGGAAACCCUGUGAAGAAGAAGAAAAAUGGAUCUAUACACUCCAUUUUCAUGCAUGCGGAUAGUGUAGAUAUGUGUUUGAUGGCUGCAGGCUUCAUUGGAGCUGUUGUUGAUGGCACUGUUGCACCCUUGAUUAUAUAUUUGACUGGCCAUAUGUUUAACAAUGUUGGUGGAGCUAAUUCAGCUUCAUCUGCUGAUAUGCUCGCCCACAACAUUCGCCAGGUUGCUCUAUUUUUGAUUUUGACUGCCUGUGGGGGAUGGGUUGGGUCUUUCCUAGAAGGAUAUUGUUGGACAAGAACAGGUGAAAGACAAGCCACAAGAAUGAGAACUAGAUAUUUGAAAGCUGUGCUAAGACAAGAUGUAGGCUACUUUGAUUUGAAUGUAACUAGCACAGCUGAAGUAGUCACAAGCGUUUCCAAUGACAGUCUGAUAAUUCAAGAAGUUAUCAGUGAGAAGGUCCCAAACUUAAUAGCAAGAGGUGCUACAUUUAUUGGAACAUACAUAGCAGCUUUUCUGAUAGUAUGGAAAUUAGCUCUUGUGGUUUUUCCUUUUCUUCUGUUGCUGGUGGUUCCUACUUUAAUUUAUGGAAAUAUUUUACUGAGUCUUGCAAGGAAGAUUAGGGUGGAGUACAAUAAAGCCAGCACAGUAGCUGAGCAGGCAGUAUCUUCUAUAAGAACUGUUUAUGCCUUUGUUGGUGAAAACAAAACCACAACCGAGUUCUCUGCAACUCUGCAAGGAUCUGUGAAGUUAGGGUUGAGGCAAGGGUUGGCUAAAGGCUUGGCCAUUGGCAGCAAUGGCAUUAGUUUUGCUAUUUGGGCUUUCGUUACUUACUAUGGUAGCAGAAUGGUCAUGUACCAUGGAGUUCAGGGUGGAACUAUUUUCAUAGUGGGCACCUGCAUUGCUAUUGGUGGACAACGACUUGGUGCUAGUUUAUCUUACCUGAAGCCCUUAUCCGAAGCAAGUGCAGCUGCAGAUCGUAUAAAUGAAGUGAUAAAAAGAGUCCCAAAGAUUGAUUUAGACAACAUGGAAGGGGAGAUUUUGGAUAAAGUUUUAGGGGAGGUUGAAUUCAAGCAAGUUGAGUUUGCAUACCCUUCAAGGCCUGAGAGCAUAAUAUUCAAGAAUUUUUGUAUCAAAAUUCCAGCAGGAAAGACUGUGGCCUUGGUGGGUAGCAGUGGAUCAGGAAAAUCCACAGUGAUCUCAUUGUUGCAAAGGUUUUAUGACCCACUUGGAGGAGAUAUACUUUUUGAUGGGGUUUCUAUCAAUAAAUUGCAGCUCAAGUGGUUAAGGUCACAGAUGGGGUUGGUGAGUCAGGAGCCUACACUUUUUGCAACAACCAUUAAAGAGAACAUACUUUUUGGGAAGGAGGAUGCUGGAAUGGAAGAGGUUAUUGAAGCAGCUAAAGCUUCCAAUGCCCAUAAUUUCAUAUCCCAGUUGCCUCAAGGAUAUGACACCCAGGUUGGCGAAAGAGGGGUUCAAAUGUCUGGUGGACAGAAACAGAGAAUUGCCAUAGCAAGAGCCAUAAUCAAAUCACCCAAAAUCCUCCUUCUUGAUGAGGCAACAAGUGCAUUAGACUCUGAAUCUGAACGUAUUGUGCAAGAAGCUCUUGACAAGGCCUCCAUUGGACGUACGACUAUCAUCAUUGCCCACCGCCUCUCUACCAUUAGACAUGCAGAUUUAAUUGCCGUUGUCCAAGAUGGCCACGUCAUGGAAACCGGGUCACAUGAUGAAUUAAUGGUAAACGAAAAGGGCUUUUAUCCCAUGCUAGUGCAACUUCAACAAACAGAACAAGCCCAGGAAAAAGGCAACAAAGAUUUACAUAUGAAUGCCUCAGCUUAUAUAACUAACAUGGAAAUCAAUAUUGCUAGCAGUCGUAGACUUUCUUUAGUCAGCAGGACAAGUUCAGCCAACUCCAUGGCACCAAAUCAUGCUUCACUAGCUGGAGAAAUGAAUGUUGAGGAACAAAAAUUGUCUGCACCAUCUUUCAGGAGAUUGUUGGCCUUGAAUUUACCAGAGUGGAAACAAGCUACCCUGGGAUACUUAAGUGCAAUUUUAUUUGGUGCAGUGCAACCACUUUCAGCUUUCACAAUGGGGUCAAUGAUAUCAAUAUUUUUUCUCGCGGAUCAUGAUGAAAUUAAAGAAAAGACAAAGGUUUAUGCUUUGAGUUUCCUUGGGUUUUGUUUGUUUUCACUGAUAAUUAAUGUUAUUCAGCAUUAUAAUUUUGCUUACAUGGGGGAGCACUUGACAAAGAGGAUAAGAGAGAUGAUGCUUUCAAGGAUACUGACUUAUGAACUUGGGUGGUUUGACCAAGAUGAGAAUUCCAGUGGCUCUGUUUGUGCUAGACUAGCAAAAGAUGCCAGUCUGGUGAGAUCUUUAGUCGAUGAUGGAAUAUCUCUUCUUGUGCAAACCAUCUCAGGUGUAACUAUAGCUUGUGCCAUGGGCCUAUUCAUUGCUUGGAGACUUGCCGUUGUCAUGAUAGCAGUCCAACCCCUCAUCAUCCUCAGCAUGUACACUCAAAAGGCCUUACUCAAAAGCAUGUCCAGGAAAGCCAUCAAAGCACAACAAGAGACCAGCAAGCUUGCUGCUGAGGCAGUUUCCAACCACCGAACCAUUACUUCCUUCUCGUCUCAAGACCGAAUCCUGAAAAUGCUGCAAAAGGCUCACGAAGGCCCGAGAAAAGAGAAUGUUAGACAAUCUUGGUUUGCAGGUCUUGGACUUGGAUCAGCUCAAUUGCUUACUGCAUGCCUUAUGGCCUUUGAUUUUUGGUAUGGUGGCAAACUCAUAUCUCAAGGAUAUAUCAAUGCAAAAGCCCUCAUUGAAACAUUCCUCGUUUUGGUUAGCACCGGCCUUGUCAUUGCUGAAGCUGCAAGCAUGACAUCAGACUUGGCCAAGAGCGCUGAGGUUGUUGAAUCUUUGUUUGCUAUAUUAGACCGCUGCACAAGAAUUGAACCUGAUGACUCUAAUGGUUACCUUCCCAAAGAAAUUACAGGACAUGUGGAAAUUUGUGACAUCGAUUUUGCAUAUCCGGCUAGGCCUGAUGUGAUCAUCUUGAAAGACUUCUCAAUCACCAUUGAAGCUGGGAAAUCAACAGCAUUGGUGGGACAAAGUGGAUGUGGUAAAUCAACAAUCAUUAGUUUAAUUGAGAGAUUUUACGAUCCUCUCAAAGGGGUAGUGAAGAUUGAUGGUCGAGAUAUAAGGUCAUACAACCUAAGGUCAUUGAGGAAACACAUAGCACUUGUUAGCCAAGAACCAACACUAUUUUCUGGCACAAUAAGGGAAAACAUUUUAUAUGGAGCAUCUGAUAAAACUGAUGAAUCUGAAAUCAUUGAAGCAGCUAAAGCAGCCAAUGCACAUGAUUUCAUUGCAGGCCUAGCAGAUGGUUAUGAUACCUGGUGUGGAGACAGAGGUGUGCAGCUAUCUGGGGGCCAGAAGCAACGGAUCGCCAUAGCCCGAGCCAUAUUGAAGAAUCCAACAAUGUUAUUGUUAGAUGAAGCAACCAGUGCACUUGACAGUAAAUCAGAGAAAGUGGUGCAAGAGGCAUUGGAGCGAGUGAUGGUGGGGAGGACUAGUGUGGUUGUGGCACAUAGGCUAACUACCAUUCAAAACUGCGAUCUUAUUGCUGUCUUAGACAAAGGGAAGGUGGUGGAGAAAGGUAACCAUUCAUCUUUGUUGGCCAAGGGGCCAACCGGAGCUUACUACUCUUUGGUUAAUCAUUCUACUCAGUCAUUCGAAUAAGUUGUGUGUAUUUUUAGAUGAAAAAUCGAGUCAACAACUUUUGAUACCAUGAAA